AGAGACAGAGAAUAAAGACAAGGCUUCUAUAACCGAAGACCUACCAGAGACAAUUGACAUAAUUAUUCUUGAUCCAGAAGUCGAGAUCAUCCUUAAAAUAGAAGCCAAUCCCAUGAACGAAACUAUUAUUUAUUAA